AUGGUAUUGGCAGAUAUAGGUAUCGGAGAAAUAGAGCUUAAUUAUGAUAGACGAGAGGCGGUAGACCUGACUUACCCUUACAUCAUAGACGACAUUACAUUCACGUCACCCCCACCUAAACUAUAUCAGACCACAAGUCUAUUCAAACCAUUUGAUACCAAUGUCUGGAUUUGGAGUUUAGUUAUGAUUGCAAUCACAUCAACACUACUAAGGAUUAGUAGCGGAACCUCCAAUAGUGAACAUAAGAUUCAGACAAUUGAGGACUUGGCUAAUGCACAGGAGUCCGGAAUAAGACAUCUGAAUAUCACACAAGAAUUGGCAAAUAUUUAA